AUGUCGUCGCAGCCGCCGCCGCCCUCGUUCCAGUCGGCCCUGCUCGCCGGGGCCCUGGCCGGCAGCACCGUCGACCUGACCCUCUUCCCGCUCGACACGCUCAAGACGCGCCUGCAGUCGUCGGCCGGCUUCUUCGCCGCCGGCGGCUUCGCCGGCAUCUACCGCGGCGUCGGCUCCGCCCUCGUCGGCUCCGCCCCGGGCGCCGCCUUCUUCUUCUGCACCUACGAGGCCGCCAAGCAGGGGCUCGCCGCCACCACCACCACCCUCGGCACGACGCGGCCGCUGCCCGACCCCCUCGUCCACAUGCUCGCCGCCAGCAUGGGCGAAGUGGCCGCCUGCGCCGUCCGCGUCCCUACAGAGGUGGUCAAGCAGCGCGCCCAGGCAGGGUUGCAUGGGGGCUCGUCGGCGGCGGCCCUGCGCGCCAUCCUCGCGCGUUACUCGGAGCCCGCGGGCCGUGGGGGUCUGCGUGCUGUCUGGCGCGAGCUCUACCGUGGCUGGGCCAUCACCGUCUUCCGCGAGCUCCCCUUCACCGCUAUCCAGUUCCCCCUGUGGGAGGCCAUGAAGGCCUGGGCCAGGAACGCUCGCCGCCGCCCGGCUUCCGCCCGCGCCGACGCAAAGUUCGACGCCGACGUCUCGGCUGUGGAGGGCGCCCUCUUUGGCAGCGUGGCCGGCGCCAUCGCUGCCGCCUCCACCACCCCGCUCGACGUGCUCAAGACGAGGGUCAUGCUCUCCAAGGAGAGAGUCUCGGUGCGCGACGUCUUCCGCCGCAUGGCUCGUGACGAGGGCGUGCGCCCCUUCUUCGCCGGCCUCGCCCCGCGCGUGACGUGGAUUUCUCUCGGCGGUGCCAUUUUCCUCGGCAGCUAUCAAUGGGCCAUCAACAUCAUGCGAUGA